AUAACCACCUCCGAGCAGUACCCGUAUAUUACAGGACAGCGCCUGUAGCCGUACUUUGGACAAUCGGCCCUACAUCCCGUGGAGAUUUCAAUAUGGCGGACCUACGCCUCAUGGCCACCUAUAGAUCUGCCUUGCUGUUUCUUUGUGUCCUGUAUGUGCCUCAGCCUGGGCACACAGAUGGACCGAAACAUGGAAUUGAUAAUUCUAUUUGUAACCCCGCCUCAAUCACGAACUCCGUGACACCGAAGCGUCCACAGCUCCCGUCAACAUACAGGGUAUCAAUAGAGGCUAAUAUUGAAAACCGCAACUACAGUACUGAUUAUACCGAGUACUACGACAGCGUAGCAAAUAAGGGCGCCACGCAUCAGUGGUUUCUUGGUUUUCAUGUCCAAAGCAUCUACUCACCCGGAACCGACGAACUCUUCACGGUGGAGACGCAAACAAAGACCUGUACGACUGACACACUUGCUACUGCCGGACCAAAAUAUAUUUUCGGGUACCAGCCAAGUAGCUCGAACCCUCAAGUGGGCAGACUCUACACGGCGGCCGGAGCUCUAAGGUUCGGCAAUGGGACAAAUGAACAGUACAUGGGCACUGCGAGAGUUCGGGGCAUCAUCGCCGACUACUGGAAGUCUUGUAUGUACUGGCCUGGUAUGGACGCAACCAUGGAAGUCCAUUGGUACUUUACAAAUACGGGAGCUUGGGAUCCAGCUACAGGAAAGACCUUACCUUCGCCCCUCCGCUGUCAAGUUAGCGGUAAAGUCUGGUCGGGAACGCCUCACAUGUUCAACCACACGUACGAGUUCAACGAGUUCCGCACCACCAUCGGGCCGUCAUAUCCUUUUCAGACACCACCAGGAAUCGCCUGCCCGCACAGAAAAGACACAAAACCGCUGCCGACUCCAAGUAACUACUUCGUCUUCACAGCGGAAACCCUCAACAUCGACUUCACAUCGAUUGGAUUUAUCAAGGAAUGGUACGCCAAAGAUAUGAACAUGGUUCGUUACGACUAUCAACCCGACCCGGGUACCCCGUCUCCGUAUGGUCAUGACUUGUUGUCCGAGAUCCAUGACUUCUCCGAAGGUAUCGCUUACAUCCAAGACCCAACUAUUGGAAACUGCACGCUGACUACAAUAUCAGCUCGUGAUAUUGACUCCAAGGCCGUAGACGCGAACCAUGUGAGGAUCCGAACGUCGCAGGAAUUCUUCAAUUUUGAUAAAGCAGCCUAUCAGUACGAAGGAGUGAGAAAGGUGAGAGGGAUAGACGCCGAUGUCUGGAUCGCUACUCGGACGGACUGGCCUCCGGGCAGCCCUGGUCAAAACUCUACAUGGGAAUGGUAUUUCGCCAGGCAAGGUUGGCGGGAAAGCACUGGGCAUACCUAUGUGUUCGGAAUGCCUCUAAUGCUCAGCGUCCAUUCGGAUAAUUAUGGGUCGCUGGUUUACAACACCUAUAACUUUGAUGAAGAGAAACCCAAGAUCUGGGACUUUGACAUCAGCAGGUGUUACAACUACACGAACAGGCAAGACUUCGCCUUCAAGAUCCCAGGAAGUUACCAAAAUACGGCAGCUUUGAAUCUGCAAGGAUUCAAAUAUAACGUUAUAGUAGCUGUCCACCAGGCGGCGACAGUGUCUGCGUUACGUAUCACCAACGUUAAGAUUGACUAUGACGCCUCUAACAUCCUCGUGUCAUUGACCCUCCUUGGGACGCCAAUUAUCCGGGGUGACGUCAACAACCCCGUCACACAGGUCAGUCUGACCACAGCGGCCACUCUGCUGACCAACGCUAUCAACAGUAAUCAGCUCAAGAUCUCCGCGGGAACGGGAGUGGGAACGCAAACGACGACCUUGACCGCACAACCCUACUCUUUGAAGCAGUCCAGUCACGUGGUACAGAAAGGUUACUACGUCCCUCCCGCAAAAACAGCAGCAUACACAUCAGGUGCUGUUGCUGGAUUAGGUGUUGCCAUGGCAAUCGUCUUCUUUGUUUUUGGAUUCGCCUGUAUGUACAUAUACUACCGGAAAAAUGGCGGCUCUUUUACCAAAGGAGGUAAUGAUAAUGCGGGAUUCGAACCGAAAAAGUUCGAUAAUGAAUCGCCUGAAAGGGGUGACGACGCCUAGCGGUUGAUAGCAUACAUGUUUAUUUGUGCGAGAGAAUGUUUGUAACAGAGAGCGUGAUACACAACACCAUGGAUAUUUAUUCAAGCGUGUGUCUGACAUCGACACCAAUGUCUUAUCGUGAUAAAUAUUGAGUACUUCUGUCGAUUGUUGGAGGUCGUGACGUCAUGAAUGUAAAGUAUGCAGCAGUAAGGCGUAUAUAGCAUCGUUGAGGUCAUUAACAGAGGUCACAAUCGAGGACACUUUUGGGGUCGCAUUUCAGAGGGCACUUGUAGGGUCAAAGUUGAGAGCUAACAUCUUUCGUAAUUACCAAGUGCAAUAAAGUGUUUUUUAUAUAAA